GUCCAGAACAUGUCUCAGUCCAUUGAAGUGUUGAACCUACGAACCCAGAGGGAUUUCCAGUAUGUCAUGAAGAUGGAGAGCCAGAUGAAGGGCCUGAGGACCAAGUUCAGACAGAUUGAGGAUGACAGGAAAUCCAUCAUGGCCAGAAAUUUCCAGGAGCUUAAGGAUAAGAUGGAUGAGCUGAAGCCGUUGAUCCCUGUGCUGGAGCAGUACAAGACGGACGCUGUGCUCAUCUCCCAGUUCAAGGAGGAGAUCAGGAACCUGUCGGCGGUGCUGACGGGCAUCCAGGAGGAGCUUGGGGCCUAUGACUACGAUGAGCUCUAUCAGCGAGUCCUGCGACUGGACAGCCGGCUCCGCAACUGUAUGGGCAAGCUAACGUGUGGGAAAUUAAUGAAAAUCACUGGACCUGUUACAAUAAAGACAUCUGGAACCCGGUUUGGGGCAUGGAUGACUGAUCCCCAAGCAUCGACAAGAAACAACAGGGUCUGGUAUAUGGACAGUUACACCAACAGCAAGAUUGUGCGUGAGUACAAGACUAUGGAGGACUUUGUUGCAGGGGUGGUUUCUCGAACCUACAGCCUUCCAUUUAAAUGGGAGGGAACCAACCACAUCGUCUACAAUGGAUCGCUUUACUACAACAAGUACCAGAGCAACAUUAUUGUCAAGUACAGCUUUGAGACGGGCAGCGUGCUAGCCCAGCGAGCUUUGGAGUUCGCCGGCUUCCACAAUAUGUACCCGUACACAUGGGGCGGUUUCUCAGACAUUGACGUCAUGGCGGACGAGCUGGGCAUGUGGGUGGUGUACGCAACCAAUCAAAACGCCGGGAAUAUCGUCAUCUCACAGAUCGAUCCCGACACCCUGCAGGUCCUGAAGACGUGGAACACUGAGUACUCCAAAAGGAACGCAGGCGAGUCGUUCAUGAUCUGUGGGACGCUGUACAUCACCAACUCUCACCUGUCAGGAGCAAAGGUUUACUACGCAUUCUCGACGAAGACCUCCACCUACGAGUACACUGACAUUCCUUUCCACAACCAGUACUUUCAUAUCUCAAUGCUCGACUACAAUGCCAGAGAGAGGGCACUGUACGCCUGGAAUAACGGACACCAGGUAAUAUUUAAUGUCACCCUCUUCCACGUCAUAAAAACUGAUGAUGACUCUUAGACACAACAGUGAUUUUUUUUCCAGCCACAAACAAAACACCAUCCUUUGCAGUACAAGGAUGUCAUAAUUAGUUUUCUUUUGUCAAAAGUGGACUGCAUAUCUUUACUUGCCAUUACUUGAACUUUUGUAAUUGUGGUCCUGGAUACUUGGCUGAAUUGAGCAUGGACACUUAAUUACAUAAUGGAGAAUAUGUCAUAGUUUUUGGGAUUUUUAUUUAUUUAUUUAUUUUACCUUUUUCAUUGCUGCUGAUCAGACUGGUAUGCCUUAUUUGCUACGUGUUGGUUCUGCCAGCCGAUGACUCUUGAUAGCUUUUGCAUGAAUGUCAACAUUUUGUCUGCAGUAAUUUACUAUACUAUAGCUGUGUUUCUGUUGCAAAUCUGUUCUGCUCACAGUAUUUGUAUUAAUGUCUAUUUGAAACUAUUUAAAUCUUGAAAAGGCCACCUUCUCCUGCAUAUUUGCUACCAUGUGAAGCUAGUUGAUCAUAUAGUAGCCAUUCUUUUAAAGAUGGCCUGUAAAAUAUUGCUGUUAUGUAUGUCUCUGUGUAAGAAGUAAAUUUGUAUUUUUUAUAACACAAAACCAUAA